UUAUACUCUUAUUUACACCCAUAUUCAAACUGUAAUAUUGCCGAUAAUAGUUGUUCAAGCUACCGCCUGGCCUUCGAGCCCCUGAACAUGAAUUUUCAAAUCCGUAUUCAGCCCGACAUAUGAAUAUAUUUUAUUAUUAGAUAAUUAUUUUUACUGAAAUUGUAUUUAAAUGGGCUUUAAUGAGAGGGUCGUGACGGCUCUUGGACAAGCAGUUUAUGGUGUCAACAGGCCCGGCCCGGCUCUAAUACGAUUUUUUUUACUUUCCAUUUAUCUCUUCCCUUCUGAAUUGUCUUCAUUUUUCGCCUUUUUUUUUUUUUUUUUUUGUUCUUUGUGCUCCUAACUCUCUGUUUCCGGGGGGAAAGAAACAGAGGUUCCUGAAAGAAAAAAACAAGAACCAAAAAAAAAGGGGGGGAGCAGGGAAAGGGUUAUUCUGGCCGUAGGAUUAGUACUGGUCAACGGCUCUAAUUUGCUUAUUCUUCUCAGGUCCCUCCUCCCUUCAUCUUCCAUCUCACCUCAUUUGUGCGUAAGUAGGUCUCUUUCUUUGUGCGAGAUGGACAAAUUACGGCGCACUGCAGAAUAGCUCGGUUGCCUGUGCUUGGUUGGCUAUUAGAAACCUCUUAUAUUUUGUCUCAAUUGACGAGAUAAGCUGGUUUUGCAUUUGCGAGGCUAUUUAGACAUUCAAAUGCAGUCACCUCCGGGAAAAGCUUUUGUUAUGUUGAAAAGUGAAGCAACUGACUUUGCUGGAUCAAGUUUUGCAAGUCACGUGGAUAGUACUUUCCAGGAAGCUGUAGCUGUUGCUUCUUCUGCUUCAUCAUCUUCAGAUGAUGACUCUCAGGAGACACAAAACGAAGAUGACCUAUAUAAUGGGAAUGCUUCUAAAGAAAUGGUGCUUUAUAAUCCCACUGCUAAUGGUAUUGUUGAUUCCACUCCUCCUGGACCUAUUCAGUGCCAACCUCCAGGUCCAAGAUUAUCAUCAUCAAGAGUAUUGCCAUCUGUUGGGGCUUUCACUGUCCAGUGUGCCAGUUGUUUGAAAUGGAGGCUUAUACCAACAAAGGAAAAGUAUGAAGAAAUACGUGAACAUAUUUUAGAAAAUCCCUUUGUUUGCGAAACAGCUUGUGAAUGGCGGCCUGAUAUCUCAUGUGAUGAUCCAACUGAUAUCUCUCAAGAUGGCAGCCGGCUUUGGGCAAUUGAUAAACCUAACAUUGCUCAGCCUCCUCCAGGCUGGCAAAGGCUACUACGAAUCAGAGGUGAAGGAAGUACCAAAUUUGCAGAUAUCUACUAUCAAGCACCAUCAGGAAAGAGACUGCGCUCAAUGGUGGAGGUGCAAAAGUACUUGAUUGAACAUCCCCAGUAUGCAACGGAAGGGGUGAAUUUGUCUCGAUUUUCCUUUCAGAUUCCUAAGCCUUUACAGGAAGACUAUGUGAGAAAGCGCCCUGCUCAUCGGACUAACUCGCAUGAUAAUGUUAGACCUCUUGAACCUGAUGAAGUGAAUCCGCUAGCUUGGGCUGGACCAGACGACACAGAUUUGCUGCAUGGCCGCCUAGCUCUUCCACCACCUAUUGUUGAAGCCCCUGUUUCUGAUUCAUCUAAUCGGCCAGCAAAGAUGGCUAGGAACACCAUCAGAACAGAUGUACAGAAGUAAUCCAGUGAAUAAUCAACAUGGUGGCAAGGUAGAAAAGCCCGGUCAGUCUAGAAAUGCCAAUUAUUGUCGGUGAGGCUUGGAUCAGAUGUUUUCCCUUUUUUUUUUUUUUUUUGACUAUUUUGUUUUUUGGGUUUAGAAUACUGGCUAAUGUUAUCGAAAGCAUAAUAGUUAAAAGUUUGAUAAUAGGUUUUUU